AGGUAAGGUACGAGAUGAUGGACUUUCUCGAGGGCUUUUUCCCCCUUCAAAUCGCCACCAGGAGGCGCUGCCGCCGGUGGAAAUGCAGGGAGUUAGGGACGCUUGUAAGCCUGUACGCCGAGGGGAGAAGGGAGACCGAGCAGCCCGGUUCCCGUGUGUGCGCGCGUGUGUGCAUGUAUGUGCGUGUGUGUGUGUGAGAGAGCGCGUGGUCUGUGGUGUGUGAUCGGAAGGGAGAACUUGUCCUUUGCAAUCAUCAUGACAACAAUAACGAAGUUCUUGCAGAGAUUGUUGGACGAGGAGGCAGGCUGCAAAGGCGAGGUAAGGAAAGGCGCGGCUCAGGAUCGCGCGCCGGCUUGCGCGGCCACGUGCUGCUUGAUACCGCCUUCUCCCUCGGCAAGCGCGCCUGUGCGAAAUCCGGGCUCGCCUUGACUGGGAUUCUUACGUGCGGCCGACGGUUGAUUGGAGAAACAGAGAAGGGGGCGCGCGUCCCAAUCGCUGCAACAAGUUAGGAACCUCGACGGUGCGGACGCGCGUUUCCUCCGGCGGCGCCCCGGCCAGCUUGUUCUUCCAGCAGGUGCCGGGAUCCGCUUGGAGGGGUCAGGCUGGGCUGGGCGCAACAGCCCGGGGCGCUGCUCCUUCCGGAGACUGCAGGUGGCAGCGGUCUGGUCGUCGCUAUAGCGCCCGAUCCCGGAGCGGAGCCGCAGCGCGCAGGCAGGUGGGUCCUCGAUUGCUUCCUUCCACGGUCGCGCUCUCCCUCUCCGUCGAGGGCUGAGCUCUUGCACGCAGAGCUUGGGGCGGGAGCGCUUGCUCCCUGGGAAGCGUGCCUAGGAUGGAUGGAAGCCUGGGGGUCUUUUUCUCUCUUCCUUUCUGCAGGGAGCUCCUGCCUGCCGCCCGCCGCGCACCUCGCCCCGUGGCGUCCGGGACAUAACAGCAGCCACGCUGCCGUCGUGGGCCGAGGGGCGGCUCUGCGCUUGGAGAGCUCGGCCACUUUCCACUCGCUGCUCAUCCAGGAAGGAGGGAUCUUAGUAUUUGCAGAUGAUCCGGAGGAAGCCAUCACACUACGAGCUCGCAGCAUCCUUCUUGAGGAUGGCGGGGCACUGUAUGUGGGCUCUGAAUGCCGCCCAUACCAUUCCAAGGCCACCAUUUCUCUCUACGGGAAAGCCACCGACGAAGCCGACGUGGAUGGCUAUGGCAGAAAAUUCAUGGGAGUGGGCAGAGGUGGCAUCCUGGAGUUGCACGGAAGGAAGCCUCGAUCCUGGACGCUUUUGGCCAAAACCUUGUACCCGGGUGGACUUCGGUACGGCCGGUACACUUCUGAGAAGCGUUGGAGUAGUCGUGGCCUCAAUGUCCGGAUAGUGGAUGCGGGCACAGCCCAGGUAGUGGCCGCUGAACGCUUUGACACCCACCUCCUUGUUGACGAGAGCCACAGAUUGAGGGAAUUCCUUGCCCACCAAUCUCUGGGCCACAUAGUAGCCGUGGCAGUGGGGGAUUCUGCAGCCAAGAGUUUGACCUUGGAGACCCGGCUCUUCCUCAAGAACUUGCUGCACAGCAAAUACGUCCUGCACCUACAAUACAGGCAGCCCUGGGUUCUGGUUGGGAUUCUUGGCGGUGAUGCAUCUUCCAUCACAGAGGAUGCAACGCCUUCUCAACGCAACGGGACAACAAGGUUGGCAACAGCGACAAGAGAAUUUAAGACAUAUGAAGGCAUUGUCUUUACAAUCGCUGCUCACAGCGGAUGGAUCAAAGGAGUACCCCAUCAUGGAUUCAAAGUGGAAGUGUCUAACGGUGUAAUUUUGGAUUUGGUGGACGAAGUGAUUAGUUGGCUCCCCGGAGACAAGGUCGUCAUUGCCAGCACGGACUAUUCCAUGCACCAGGCUGAAGAGUUUAAUCUUCUGCCUUGUCCUGAAUGUCAGACGAACCAAGUGAAGAUUGAUGGAAGUCCCCUCUAUCUCCACAUGGGUGAGAUUGUGGAUGGAGUAGACAUGAGGGCAGAGGUUGGCCUCUUAACCCGAAAUAUACUUAUCCAAGGAGAAAUGGAGGACUCUUGUUACGGACCAAACCACUGCCAGUUUUUCAGCUUUGAUACUUUUGGAGGACAAAUUAAAAUCCAAAAAGGUUUUACCUCUGUCCACAUGUCAGGGGUGGAGUUGAAGAACAUGGGCCAGCAGGUCCUAGGCAGCUAUCCGGUACAUUUCCAUCUGACGGGAGAUGUAGAUGAGAGAGGAGGCUACAACCCACCAUCUUACCUUGACAAUCUGGCCAUCCAUCACUGCUUCUCAAGAUGUGUCGCCAUCCAUGGAGCCAAUGGCCUUUGGGUGAAAGAUACCAUCGGCUAUGACACUCUGGGACACUGUUUUUUCCUGGAGGACGGGACAGAGCAGCGGAACACGUUUCACCACAACCUGGCUCUCCUUACCAAGGCAGGCACAAUCUUGCCGACUGACCGCAACGAGGCCAUGUGCCUCGCAAUGCGAGAUCAUGUGCAUGGAGGAUAUGUUCCUGUCCCAAGCACUGAUUGCAUGGCUGUCAGCUCCUUCUGGAUUGCUAACCCAAAUAAUAAUCUCAUAGAGAAUGCGGCUGCAGGUGCUCAGGACGUUGGAAUAUGGUAUAUCUUCCACCGGGUUCCUACUGGACAGUCUGAAGGACAGUAUCCAGCCGGGCAGUCUGAACUGACUCCUCUGGGGACGUUUCACAACAACCGAGUCCACUCCAACUUCAAGGCUGGCUUGUUUAUUGGGAAAGGAGUCAAGACGACGAAAGCCAGUGCUGAAAAUCCUCGAGAAUAUCUGACAGUGGAUAACGCCAGAUUCCGUCCGCAUCAAGAUGCCGACCCUGCGAAGCCAAGGGUUCCCGCUGUCAUUGAUGGCCUUGUUGCUUUCAAAAAUAACGACCAUGGCGCCUGGGCUCGGGGAGGAGACAUUGUCUUCCGCAACUGUGGCUUUGCAGACAAUGGGAUCGGACUCACUUUAGCCAGCGAUGGAACUUUCCCCAUCGACGAAGGCUGCAGCCUAGAAGUGACUCGUUCCAUCUUUGUUGGCGAGAGCAACAAUGUUGGCUCCCAGGGAGGACAAAACAGCUACUGGGGGAAAGGAGCUGGCGGAGAAUAUAGGACACUGCCCCGAAACAAGACGUUUCCGAUCCGUGGCUUCCAGAUAUACGACGGUCCUGUCCGGCUGACGAAAUGCACUUUUAGAAAGUUUACCCCUACUGUGGACAGGCACUCGAGCGCCAUUGGCUUUUUCAUGAAGAACGCCUGGCAGAUAAGUCCUCAGAACAAUGCCUCGCUGGUCAGGAUGGAGAGAAGCGUUGGGCUCAGAGUGUUCUUGGGCAGGCCAGGCCAGUGGUUUGGAGACAAUAAUAAUGAUGGUGAUAAGGUCUCGAUUUUCCAUGAUUUGGAUGGUUCAGUGACAGGCUACCCAGGCACCUUUGUGGGCAGGUCAGACAACUAUCUGAUUCGUCACCCGGGCUGCCUUAUCGUCCCAAGGUGGAACGGAAUGAUUUGCGCUGGAAAAUAUGCACAGCUCUAUAUUCAAGCCAGGCGUCCUGAGAAUCUGACCUUAUCAAUUGCCAGAGCCGUAUACCAUUUCCAUCCUCUGAGGCUACACGGUGUGAACAGAGGGGUGCCGUACCAACAGUACCAGCCUGUGGUGAUGCUGGAGCAAAGCUAUAUUAUCCAAUGGGAUGGCAGAGCACCAGAAGAUGUCAUCCUUUACCCGGUCAACUUCAAUAGGGGAGACUGGCUCCAUGUUGCUUUGUGUUACCCAAAGGGAACAGCGUUCACUGUUGUGGGGGACAUUUACCAGCGGCAGACGGGGAGAGCGCACAGCGUCAUGUGCUACCAGGCGGCCUCAUCCCACCAUAGUGUGUUGAAUGGGACUGAUGAACGGCUCUUUUAUUUCGACAGCACAUCAGGGUAUCUCUUUGUCCAACUUCAAGCACAUGAAACUCGGAAGGGCCACAGCUACUGCUCUCAACGCGGCUGUGAACGCCUUAAGAUAACAGCCUCGAUGCCUGCAGGACGUCCCUGGAGUUGUGCUCCUAAUCCCUUUUGGGAAAAAGACAUCGGAAGGAAAGCUUCACAGCCCGCAAGAAUUCAGCACCAGACUAUGCCUUGCAGUCAAUGCGGGGCUCCUUGGGUUGCUGUUACUAGUACACCUUCAGUUAGAUACCUUCGGAUCCAAAUCCAGUCUGUCAGAAGAGCAGACCUGGAGAACUACUCAAAGGCGGCUUUUAUUAAGGUCAACGACGACCUUUUCUUGUUCCAUGGCCAGGGGAUACUUUUCCUGGUUCUAGACGCAUGCUCGGGCGCAGUUGUGAGCCGGCAGCAUGUUGAUGCAGCCGCUGCUUCAAAGGCUGCCAGCACCGUAACCAAUUAUGUUGAAACGACUAUAAACGAGAGAUCUAUUGUUCUUGUGUGUACUAGAGACCCUGCCAAAGUCAUGGGAACCUCUUUAAUGCCUGUGUUCACCACGUUAGGUUCUGCAAAGCCGAUUGCGUUCCACAAAAAAGGUAGUUUUGCGAUGCUUGGAUAUAAAGGCAACCCCACACCCUACUGGAUUAAAAUCCACAACCACGCUGCUAAUCAGAAAUCCGCUUCUCUCCAAUAUUACGUGCCCCUGAUGUUGAGAGAGUACAGAUGCUCAGUUGAUGCAACAAAACUUCAAGACUUUGUGAAAACCGAGGAGGGCAAAACUCCACAAAGGCUAGAAAACAAACACAACUGAACCAUGCUGUGUUCAUUGGCUUGCCUGUAAGGAGGGGGGCGUAACUUAGUCUUCUUGUUUUUACAAGAUUGUAAAAAAAACAACAACUUUAUUUUGCAGCUAAUAAAUAUAUUCUGAUAUGACAAAGUGGGAGGGGAAGUGUAGUUUGUGUUUGUUUGUUUUUCAGAGCCUGUACUCUUUUCGUUUCUAUUUAGAAUUAGUGCUGUGGUUUAAGUCUGGCUGGAAGCCAGGCCUCUAUCCUGGAAGCUCUGUUCUUUAAUCCUAGAAAUGUGGAGGUGAGGUGCAAUUAAUCAGUGAAAGACAAAAAUGCAUUCUGCAUUUGCACAGAGGCACUCUUUGUUGUCACUUCAGUGUAUUCCAGGACUGAAUGCUGGCAUUGGCAAUCUCAUUGUGGGGAUGGGUAAUGCUAGCCCAACAUAUAUUUUUUUAAUGUAGCACCUCUCCCUUUCUUUUAGACGAUGUGUGUUUUCUAAACAGCAAAAUCAGGAAAAUGGCAGCCCAUCUUGUAUCUGCUCUUUCAAUUGCUUUAGUGGAAAUCCAGACUAGGGAUGUCAGAUAAUUCUGUCAAAGACUGAAAUGGGAACAGACAUUGCCACAAUUUGCAUGUUCACCCAAGGUCAGGAAUGGAAAUUAUGCAAGCAGAUAUGAGUGGAAUUCACUAUUGUUCUUUAAUCCAUGAAUUUAGGUAAGUAACUGUGUUUGGUGGUAUUCAACUACGUUUUACUUACAGUAGACCUAUUAUGCUCAUUCAUGUCAGUGGGUCUACUCAGAAUAAAACUUAAUUGAAUACCACUUGUUAGUUUUUGUAUUGCCUUGGCAUUUCCCUUCCAUGGAAAUGUAUUGAAAAUUAUGUCACCUUCAGCCAGAGCAGAUAGCGAGACAUAUAAUGUGGGUUUCAGCAGAGGCUGAACUGUAGUUGAACAGAAACAGCGCUGGUUGAGAUGAACACAGGACAGCACAGAAAUCGCUUCCUCCUUGCAUCCAUAAUGCAGACAGUUUACAUAUUCUGGGUCUAAGACUAAGUUCCAAUUAAGACAUGUCUAGAUGGAAUUGCUUGCAGCAGUUCCCUUAGGAACUGACCCUAUAGGAUUUCCUACAAAACAAAAUUACUGCUUCUGGGAUCCAGGCACAAAACAGUUCAUCAGGGAAUGGAUCUGAAGCUUAAGAGCAUACAGUAUAUGACAAGAACACCUUCUAAGGUGGGGAAUGUCACUGUGAUAAUUACAUUCAUUGUGCUAUUGGGCUGUGUGGUGUAGUGGUUAGGGUGGUGCUCUAGGACAUAGGAGAUCAGGGUUCAAAUUAUGGAACUCCUUUGAUGACCUUGGGCCAGUCACUAACCUACUUCACGGGGCUGUUGUGAGGAUAAAAUGAGGAGGGGGAGAACUAUGUGUGCCUCACGUUCAACUUCUUGGAGGGAUAUAAAUGUGAUAAUAAAUAAUUGUUGGUCUCAAGAAACCUCCGUUGGGUGUGGAGUUCCACUUGUAAAGCGAAAUGGAAGGCGACAAACCCACUUACUUACUUGUCUAAUCUCAGAGUAAAAGUUUCCUUUUUCCAUUUAUCUUGGCGUGUGCCGUGCAGUGAACGAUUAUAUAAUUUUAUCCAUCUGCUUUGUGAAUUCUGCACUGGAUUUGUAAGCAUUUCAGUCUGGAAUAAAUUGCCCUUCGCUGGGCUCAGGCUCCUGGUUCUUUACUGUGCCAUCCUAUUUAUAUAGGAACACGAUUCUUUCCCUCCCCAUUUUGACUUCAGAACAACCCUGUGAGGUAGUUUAGGCAGAGAGAGAAGGGUGGCUUGUUCAAGGUCACCCAGGCCCCAUCUGCACUCUGCCCUUUAAAGCCGUAUCAUAUCAGUUUAAACAGCCAGGACUUCCCCUAGAAGAAUCGUGGCACUGGGACUUUGUUAAGGAUGCUGAGAGAUGUUAGGAGACCUUCUAUUCCACUCACAGAGCUACAGUUUUCCAGAGUAGCUUAACCGUUAAUCCUUCUUCCCAGGGAACUCUGGGAAUUGUAGCUCUGUGGAGAGAAUAAAGGCCU